GGUCUGGUGCCUUUCAUGUCGCUUUGGUGGUCUGCCCUCUCUCCGACUGCGCUCUGCAGUUGUGUUUUCCGUCUCCGCUUUUCUUCAUCUUUUGAUCCACAUCGCGGUAGUGUUCAAGUUAUCGUGCUACAUUUUUGUGAUCUUUCGAAGAAUACGUUACGUAGAUUAUUGUGCUCCAUUUCCGAAGAGUUUUUGAUCCACAAUCAUUUCGAGACCGGUGCUUCUGUUUGGGGUUUCUGCGUGUAGUUUGCUGCUCGGGAGUUUUUGUGAAUUUUCCCCUCGCACGAGCGAUAUACGAUCCAAUAUUACGAGAGGCAUUUUUCCUCUGAUCAGAUCUGCGAGUAUUUUUGUGCUUGUGGAGCAUGUCAUAGUUAAUUGUCAAUACCCUGUCGAUUAUGCGUUUCAUAUUUUGCUCAGCGUGUCGUGAAAAGUUAAUACUGAGCGUUUGAUGGACAAGAGGAGCAGAUUUUUUUCUUUAGAAUAUUAGUAUAGAGUUUCUGUAGUAGGACGCCGUUUGCGCCUCUGGGAGCUGUGCACUUGUUUGGUUUCUGAAAUAUCAUCAUGAAUGCUUCUAAGCUUCUCAAGGCUGUCCUGAGGCCACGGUCCCUUCAGACCAAUGUAGGAAGGAGUCCUACCGUAUCCGAUGGGCCGUCGUCACGACGCUCUCUAUCUCCUGACAGUCGUCUUCCAAAAGACCUUGCGUCGAAGAGAUCAUCCUCGCCAGUGAAGAUGACAUGUAUGUGCUCUCCGACGAAUCAUCCAGGUUCGUUUCGCUGCAGGUUUCAUCGCGCUCAGAAGCAGCGAGACGUCGUUGCUUUGCCAAGUUCUCCCAAAAGCAAGACGCACACGAGGGAUUCCGACAUCCUCUGUGAAGUGAAUCGCACUCUCCCCGGGAUGCAUCCAUCUACAUCUAGGUCUACCCCAGUUCGUUGUAGCAGGCUGAAGAACAUGACUCUCGGAAGCGAUGUGGAAGAGGAAGGAGCUUUGACGCUUUCUUUAGAUAGAAAUAUCAUGCGGAAUGCCGAGGGUUCAGUGAGUUAUGGAGGCACUGCAUCUGCUCAUCGAAGCACCAGUCAUCUGGCCCUUCAAACGGAGGAGGAUCUCCCAAGAUGUACUGAUUCUUGGCGUUGGACACAAGUAUUUUGCCUCAGUUGUAUGAACUGUGAAGGUGUGUGUGUAUUGGCAAACUGUGUAAUACAGUUGGUGGGCGUUGAUGCAGCUAUUCAACUGCUUCGUGUGUCCCACAUGAUUCAUGGAUGUUCGCAUACUGCUCUCACAUAUCUGGCUUUAAGUUCGGUAAAAUCUAUAUCCUAUGCAACGUUUGAUCUUGUGCUUGGUGCACAUCUGACGUACAGUUUCUCUGCUGUGCAACCGGUCGACUAUAUUAUUACUCGCAAACCAAGCGCUCACCAACACGAAGAAAAUUGUUUUUGAACAAUCGUAAUCUUGGAUAUUGGCUUCAAUCGAUGGUAAGUGUUGUACGGGUCCACGAUUGCGAGUCCAAUACUCGUUGGAAUCUCUAAUUUCCCAUGAGGAUUACCAAAACAAGUCGUGCUAAUAAGCCGGCAUGAGAAAUAACUCGCAUCAUUUAAAAACGGCGCAUGAGGAAUGAUGAAAGACGACCUGAAAUGUCCCACCUUCAUUCAAGAUUCUACUGAGAUGGAACUGGCAACCAACCCGUAGAAGCGAAUGCUGAGGGAAAUGCUGUGCAUUCUUCUAAUUUUUCAGACGAAAAGAUCCUGUUGAAAUUUGGAAAAUGAAAUCGGGAAAGGAAAAGUGCUGGCAAAAGCCACCCUCAUUCAAAAAGGGGCGAAAAUAUAACUCGGAUACUUUUCUUCCAAUUCUCUACACAAAAUGCAGCUAAACACAGUGGGAACUAAGGACAGAAGAAUGAAAGCACGAAGAGGGAAGUUCGAAUUGGUCAUAGGAAAGUUGCUUGUUGCCCGGGCUAAUCCCGGAGAAGACAUUAACACCAGUCUGAACACCAUCCGCAGUUUCUCUAUUAUGGAGGUGUAUUAAAAUAUAUUACCCUGUGAUGAGGCAACAACGUUCUCACAAAUAAUUAAUCGAGUUCCCGCACCCUACUGAUGAGCCGUCUACAAACGAGAACAAAUGUUCAUCUCGGUUGCUCAUUCUCUAUUUCUCAAACAUAACCAGAGGAACUGUAUUCAACCUCAGGUACGGGGUCCAAGCUUGGAAUUUUAUCGACACUGAAGAAAUAACACACUUUGGAUGUUCAUGCAGGUGUGACGCACAACAUGAUGCUCGUGCAGAGGUGAAUGUUGUCACUGAAGCUUUCAAUGCAGCUUGAGUGGAUGCGCAAGUAGUACAUGGUGUGAGUCGUCCUGUUUGCUUGCACUACACCCAGGUACCCUCAUGUCUGCAGAUCAUGGGGAGGUGUGUCCUUGUGUCCUAACGCUGUAAGUGCACGAAGUGGUCAAUUACAGAGGGAGGUGGUGAUGGCACUCAACAGCUCACUGUCCAGCUCGUCAAACCCCCUCUACAUCGUUGAUGAAGGUGGGAAAAAUGACAUGGAAGCAAACAUGGUGGAAAGUGGUGAUCCACAGACUGAUGCGUUCCAAUUCUCAAGUGCCCAUGGAAUAUUGUAUCCCCUUUUGAAUAGUUCUAGGGAUGUGAUUGCAGAACCCUUGGCUGCUAAAUUUGUCUCCAGAAUGACGAUGGGGAAACAACGCGGCUUAACAACACAUCUGAGCAAGAUCCUUUCGGUAUUGCUAAGUUGCAUGUGAGCAUUUGAAUUGCAUGUUUUGGCUGUGUGAGUGGUUGUUUGAGGCCGUCCAGUAGUAGGUUAAUGCACAUUUGUAAUAAAUAGUAGUACAAAUUUACGCAAAAUGAGAAUCUUCCAAGAAAAAUGAUUACAGUGUUGGAGAAAGAUAGGUUGGUAAUGUAGAGACAUAACAGCACCAUACAAAAUAUAUCUACGUUGAAAGAAAUGAAUGAGAGUAUCAAGUGGUCUUAAUUGUUGAAUGUGAAGAACUGUGCAAUGUCGAAGACCCGUUUUUAUGCUAAAGCUUGUGGAGUUAUUUCCAAUUAUGGAACAUAUUUUUAAAGAUGCGUUUAAGCUCAAACACUCAAAUAA